GGAGAGCGCAAAACCACUCCUCGGCAGUGGGCAGGGAGCAGAGCAGCAGAGAGCGACCGAGCGACCUUGUCUGGUCGGAUUCACAGUUUCGUGGCUUGUUGUGCGUGAAAGCUGCGGAAACGAACAGUGGGUCGCGGUGGUAUGGCGGUUGUUCUUCGCGGUGCAUGUGCUAACUCGGGAUGUUUUUCCAACAGAUCUUUUAACAGAGGUGGUGCAGAGGCAUAGGAUACUCGUUCCCAUUCCUCUCUUCCGUAUGUUGGAUUUGUGUGCAAAAGGAGGAUCGAGGAACGACGCUCACCCAAAAAGGCGCUUGGGAAACAUGAGGAUUGCAUGGAGCGGUCCAAACCCACGUACAGCAUUGUUGGACUUUUAAGAGGUUUGUGUUUGUUCUCGAGCAAGGCUUGCGCAUCGCCCGGACACAUCUCGGUGGAGGAUACACACAUGCAUCAUUUAUACAUGUAACAUAGUUUUCUGUAUUAUGCAUAUGCACACUAUAUCGGACCAGAAGGCGUCCAUGGUGCGUGUCAUUUAACGAUUUCCUCUGUGCACCAAGUGCCAAAUCCUCAACUGCGAUGGCGAACGUGUGCAACCGCGAUAUCGUGCAAAAGUACAUUUUCCAUAAACUGUCCAAGCAGGGGUAUAUGUGGGAAUUCGAGGACGCUGCAGCCGUUCAAGAAGAGGAAGAAGAAGAAGAGGAGGAGGUGGAGGAAGAAGAAGUGGGGAAUAAUAGGUCGAUCAUCGCUCCUCCACCGACUUUGGUGAAACGAUGUCGAGGAGAAGUGGGGGACGACAACGACGCCAACACCGGGCCGGAGAGCAUCCCCCGUCUUUCCAAGCGGAUCACGGCCCGCCACGGGGACCCGCGCGCGGCGACCCACCGGGUGCUGCGCGAGGCGGGGGACGAACUCGAGAGACUCUACCAGGCGGACUUCACCGAGAUGUCGCACCAGCUGUACCUCACGUCGACUACGGCGCAGAGGCGGUUCAGGGAGGUGAUCGACGAGCUGUUCAGGGACGGCGUGAACUGGGGCCGGAUCAUCGCGUUUUUCGAGUUCGGGGGAACCGUGUGCGUGGAGUGCGCCGGCGGCCAGGAGGAGGAGAUGGUGGCGCAAGUGGAGCACAUCGCCGAGUGGAUGACUGAGUACAUGAACGGGCAUCUGAACAACUGGAUCCAGGACAACGGGGGAUGGGAGUCCUUCGUGGAGCUGUACGACAGACAGCGGGGGUCCGUGUUCAGCUGUGCCUGGCCCUCCAUCAGGACCGUGUUUGGCCUCGCCGCGCUCGGCGCCGCCAGCCUCACCAUCGGCGCGUACCUCACUCAGAAGUGAAGAGCAAGAAGAAGAGUCGUCUCCCUCUCUCCGUCUGUCUCGGCCUUUCCUCUCACCUUGACACUCCUCUCCCCCUCCCCCUCCCCAGACCUGUGCCGCAGUUGCUCUCCCCCCUCUCUCUCUCCCCCUCUCUCUCUCCCCCCUCUUUCCUUUCAACGCCGCCCGGCCUUCCUCCGAGACGCUCCUUCAAGAACCACAAAACCCUGCCUCCCCCCCUCUCUCUCCCUCUCUCCCUCUCUCCCUCUCAUCAAAGCUCAGCCCAGGAACUCCCUCCCUUCCGCUGCGUCCGAACCCCCCCUCUCCCCCCUCUCCCCCCUCCGACCACCUCCUCCUUCUCCUCCUUUCCAAACAAAGCCAAGUGAGGAAGGAGCGAGGAGGAGACGAGCAAACAACGGACGGGAGUUGGAAUGUCCCGUCAGGAGGAGGACACUCAGUGACGACUCCUCGUUUAUGUAAUCAGAGAAAGUUGGACCCGGGCGGGCGAGCGGAUGUUAUGUUGAAACAAUAACACACACACACACGCACACACACACACACUCUCACAAAGAAGAAGAAAAAAGUAAACAAAAGGAAGGGCACAGUGCGUCUGGGUUUCGCGUUCUGCCUGCCUGCUUUUUCGUACUGGUCGUAGCAUGAAGCUUUAGGUGUUAGCGUUAGAGACAUGGUGUUGCAUGUGUCGAUGGUUGGCGAGUAGGGAGAACUACAACUCACGUUGGGAGGAGGUCAAGGGGGGGUGGAGGAAGGAUAUAUGCGGUGGAUGUUGGGGUGAGGGACGGUGGGGAGGGAGGGGAGAGGUUGAAGGGCGAUGACAAUCAUCAUAUACACUGCAGAGAGGGAGCCAGACACAACCAGCCCCCCCCCCCCCCCCCCCCCUCCCUUCCCGCUUCAGUAUCCCAACUUGUUAGGGUGAAGAGCCCCCCCGUUUGAACUGUGGACUCCUGUUACCAGCCACCCCCCCCACCCCCAUCUUAGUCGUCCUUCAAAGCACUUCCUUCCCACACCAGCUGCUCAGAAUGUAUAAUGGAGAAGGAGCAACUGCAUGGAGUGUUUGUGUGUGUGUGUGUGUGUGUGUGUGUGUGUGUGUGUGUGUGUGUGUGUGUGUGUGUGUGUGUGUGUGUGUGUGUGUGUGUGUGUGUGUGUGUGUGUGUGUGUGUGUGUGUGUGUGUGUGUGUGUGCAUUGUAAACAGCUUUUGCUCCUCAAGUACCGUCUGCAGCGGUGGAAGCGAUGCAGAACAGAGAGCCCCUGGUCACACACACAGACCGAGGCGGACUCAGCUUUCAAACUUUUAGAGAAAAAAAAAAAAGGCUGCUUCGAUUAUCGAUUAUUGAUGAUGACGGUGUGAUCAGUUUAAUUUCAUUUCCUGUAGCGGGGGGGGGGGGGGGUUGGGCAAAGUAGCAAAGAACUUUUCGAUUCAAAGAGGUUUGAGGAGGAGACGAUGGAGGAGGAAAGGGUGGAGGGGAAUGGUUGGCCCAAAGACAUUUAUACUGGGGAGCUCGGAGCUUCACGAUGUGCAGCCCGGUGGAGGGGAAUGGGUUCUGACAGGGGGAGAGAACGCGGGGCUAACUCACCACGAAACGCCGCCGUCUUUGAAGAAACGGAGAGACAUGGCCAAACCGAGUAGGACGCCGGAGUGGAGAUCAGUGAAUAACCGCGUUUGGCAGAGCGCGAGGAGACGAGGAGCUGAUCAAAGCCGCAGAAAUGGAGGAGAGAGGAGAGGAGAGGAUGGGUUGUGUGUUUGACGGGGCUGCUCACAGAGUCCUCCCUCCUUUCCUUCCUCCCCUCUCCACUCCUCUCCUCCAACGUCCGCCCCCCCUGGUUGAGGAGCAAGAGGCCUUCCCCUCUGCCCCACGUUGAAGGACAAAGGAAAUUCUUACCAUGCUGACCAAGUGUGGAAGUGGUGGUUAACCCUUAUCCGGUGACAAAGCGCUUUCCUCCCAAUCUGGACUCUCUCCCACAGAACCCCCUGUGUUUGUUCCGCCGCGGUCGGCCAAGUUAUUUAUUUUUCUGCCCCACUUUUCAUUUUCCUGUUUGUGUUUAUCUCGUCCGCAUGUGGUAAGACUCGUCAGCCACGGCCGUAAACGAGCUGUGCUGGGACGGUCAAGAUGUGCGCCGCCAACCCCCCCCCCCCCCCCCACCGUCCCCCCCUGUCCCAUCGGGCUCUGAAGACGUUGGUUGUCCCUCCCCCCCCCCCCCCUAAGCAAACAAAGAAGUACAACACAGCCUUCUUCAGGACUGUUCCAAACUGUUCCCACACAGAGAAGGACAAUGGAUUGUAAAGAAAGAAGAAAAAAUAAAAAAAAGAGGAAAAAAAUAAACUUAAGCAUGGAUUUCUAGGUCACCAAUAACUGUAAGUGUCGAAGCCCGCACACAAAGAUCUCAUCUGUGCAUCGCCCGUCUGCCCCAGGGCCUUGGAUAUUGGAACCUGAGAUUGUCCCCUCUGCCAAGUUGCGGUGUCAUCAGGCCCGCACAACGAGACAUUGAUUCAUCAUUUCCGGGCAGUUUGUAUCGACCGUGGUUCUUGCAUUACAGUUAUGAAUUCAGGAAGGCUUUGAUUACAAAUCCCAGUUUGUUUGUACGACUUUUUCAUACUGUCAUGGAAAAGCAAAAUGUCUCUCUUUCUCACUCUCUCUUUCUCAUUGAAUACUAAACUUCACAUUUGGUGGAAAAUUGGUGGUCUUCACGGGAAUAAUAAUUACACUUGUUUAACAAUAUUUAUACAUGAGUAGGGUAGAAGAUGAUACUAAAGCAACAAGAGUUUUGUAGAGGUACAGAAAACUUAAACAAUUCUUUGUUCAAAUCAAUAUUUUUAUUUCAUGGAAUCACACUGUCAUUUUCCGGCUGCUGUACGAUAAAAAACGUUAAAAAAAAAGAAGUGAAUCUCCGUAUUGUGCAAAUAUCAGCUUAUGACUGCUAAACCCGAAUGACUUUUGACUUAUUACAGCUUUUGAACUGCCACAGUUAACAGAAUAGUUCUAGAAAAAUCCUGAAACCAAAGCUAACUUGUAUUACUCUUUUUUUAUUACUAUUAUAACAUGUAGCUUAAAGAGGAAAACAUGGUGUAUCCUUUUAUUCACGUUGGGAAGAAGCACCCUUUUGCAACCUUUGUCUGAUCCUAAGUGUUCUAUAUCAGCUGACCUUUGUCAACCCAUGAUCCAAUCAUUUGGCUUACAGCACUGAACAGUACAGUACUGUAAAAUACAGAGAACGCAGAAUUAAAAAUGGUCUCUCAACCCAAACGUCACAUAGAGAUCCCAACUGAUGUGUCAUGUUAAAAAAGUAACCCAAAGUUUCCUGUGUGAACACAAUGGUGUGACAGCAAUAUAUAUAUAUAUAUAUA